AUGGCGGACCGCUAUAUCCCAGAGCAUCGCCGAACCCAGUUCAAGGCCAAGAACACAUUCAAGCCCGAUGAGCUCCGCCGCCGCCGCGAGGAGCAGCAGGUCGAGAUCCGCAAGGCGAAGCGCGAGGAAAACCUAGCCAAGCGACGAGGCAUUGGGUCUGGUGAUAGCCGCCCGGGUGCUGCUCUGGGCGCUGCGCCCGACAGCGACGAUGAGUCCGCCCCUACCGAGUCUCAGUUGAACGAGGAUCUUCCUCAGAUGGUAUCUGGUGUCUUCUCCGACCAGAUCGAUCUCCAAAUCCAAGCCACCACCAAGUUCCGAAAGCUGCUGUCCAAGGAGCGGAACCCUCCCAUCGAGGAGGUCAUCAAGACCGGUGUCGUCAGCCGCUUCGUCGAGUUCCUGCGAUCCCCCCACACCCUGGUGCAGUUCGAGGCUGCUUGGGCCCUGACCAACAUCGCCUCUGGCUCGGCCACCCAAACCCAGGUCGUCAUUGAGGCUGGCGCUGUUCCCAUCUUCGUCGAGCUCCUUGCCAGCCCUGAGCCCGAUGUGCGAGAGCAGGCCGUCUGGGCACUUGGUAACAUUGCUGGUGACAGCCCUCAUUGCCGCGACUAUGUCCUUAGCUGCGGAGCUCUCAAGCCCCUGCUUAGCUUGCUGGGAGACAGCCGCAAGCUCAGCAUGCUUCGUAACGCGACCUGGACCUUGAGCAACUUUUGCCGCGGCAAGACCCCUCAGCCCGAUUGGAACACUAUUGCUCCGGCCCUUCCUGUCCUGGCCAAGCUUGUGUACUCUCUUGAUGACGAGGUCCUGAUCGAUGCCUGCUGGGCCAUUUCUUACCUGUCCGACGGUUCCAACGAUAAGAUUCAGGCUGUUAUCGAGGCCGGUAUUCCUCGUAGACUCGUUGAGCUUCUUCUUCACGCAUCCACCUCAGUGCAGACUCCUGCUCUUCGAUCUGUUGGCAACAUUGUUACUGGUGACGAUGUCCAGACUCAGGUCAUCAUCAACAGCGGCGCCCUUCCUUGCCUUUUGUCUCUUCUGAGCUCAACCAAGGAUGGUAUUCGCAAGGAAGCCUGCUGGACCAUCUCCAACAUCACUGCCGGAAAUUCUUCUCAGAUCCAGGCUGUCAUCGAUGCCAACAUCAUUCCUCCUCUGAUCCACCUCUUGCAGAAUGGCGACCUCAAGACUCGCAAGGAGGCUUGCUGGGCUAUCAGCAACGCCACUUCAGGCGGCCUCCAGAAGCCUGAGCAGAUUCGAUACCUCGUCGCUCAAGGCUGCAUCAAGCCCUUGUGCGAUCUCCUUGCUUGCCCCGACAACAAGAUCAUACAGGUUGCCCUUGAUGGCUUAGAAAACAUCCUCAAGAUAGGCGACUUGGAUAGACAGGCCGCAGGUGAAGGUGCCGACUCGAUCAACCGCUAUGCCCUGUUCAUUGAAGAGUGCGGUGGCAUGGAGAAGAUCCACGAUUGCCAGAACAACGCCAACGAGGAGAUUUACAUGAAGGCGUACAACAUCAUCGAGAAGUACUUUUCCGACGAGGAAGAGAACGCAGAUGAGGGCGCUUCUCAGCCCACCGGCGCCAACGGCACAUUUGGUUUCGGCACCAACGGCGCUGCGCAAGCUGGAGGAUUCAACUUUGCCAAUGGAGGUGAUUCUAUGGAUAUGUAG